AUGUUAACAAAUGACAAGGGGAUAUUGAAUAGAUGGAAAAGGUAUUUUGAAAAAUGUUUAAAUGAGAAAUUUUCUAGCGAAGAAGUAGAUCAAUUUGAAAUAAACUUUGGUGUGGGCAAUUUAAUAAGAGAGGGUAAAGUGUGGAGGGUGGUUAGAAAAAUGAAAAAUAGAAAAGUAGUAGGUCCAGAUAGAAUAUCAGUAAAACCUUGGAAAGUGCUAGGGAGAUUAGGAGUAGACUGGUUGACAAAAUUCUUCAACAAAUUAUUAGUUGGAGGAAAAAUUCCAAACGCUUGGAGAAAGAGUUAUGUGAUACACCUUUUCAAAGGAAAAGGAGAUGUACACGAAUUUGGAAACUAUAGGAGAAUAAAACUUAUGAGUCACACUAAAAGAAAAAGUUAUUGA